CCGAAGCAUGCUGAAGUGCGAAAUCGCCGGGACAAUUAUUUCUCAGGUUCGACAACACUGUAAUUACCUUUUUUUUUUUUCGUUUUACGGAUUUCGUGUUUUUCACUGAUAAUAACCAUCGUUUAGCAGCAGCUACAGUAAGUAACAGUAGCAGCAGUUAUAGUGUUAGUGUUCUGUGUUUCUCGUAUUUGUGUCAAAUGUUAGGCAAGUGAAACACAAAUGUAACCAUUAUUUUACGGUUUAUUCCAAUAAAAUCGAAUGAUUCAGCGUGCUAAGUGUGGACCGGGCACCGUUUGUUGUGUGUGAAAUGUUCGCGAAACUCAUAUGGAGCCGACUAGACACUUUUACUAUACUUUUUAAUCCUACUUAGCGACUGGCUAAUCAAUUCUAUCUGCGAAUACUCCGAAAUUCGUUUCGGGGUGCUAACUGUUACAAUGUCGGCGCUGUUUAAACGAGCUGAACAGUUAAAACGAUGGGAAGAGUCUGAUACCAACCAACAAUCUCCUGUACGAAAGAAUAUUAAAACCGUAUCGUUUCCGAUAGACUGUGCGUUCUUAGCAUCCGUUGCAUCGGGCGAUAAGAAUGAGGUGAACAGUCUCUUAUACUUGACUGCCGACAUUAAUGCAGCUAACGCUGAUGGUCUGACUGCUUUACAUCAAGCUUGUAUUGAUGAUAACCUUGAUAUGGUUGAAUUUUUGGUCGAACAUGGCGCUGAUGUUAAUAGAGGUGAUAAAGAAGGAUGGACGCCACUUCACGCAACAGCAUCUUGUGGUUUUUUAAGCAUAGCAAAAUAUCUAUUGGAAAAUGGUGCAGAAGUGUCUGCUAUUAAUUGUGAUCAAGAACUACCUAUUGAUAUUGCAGAAUCUGAAGAAAUGAGGCAACUUCUACAUCAGUAUCUAAGAGAAGCAGGUGUUGACUGUGAUGACGCCAGAAACAAGGAAGAAAGACUGAUGCUCAAAGAUGCACGUGAAUGGAUAAGUUCUAAUCAGUUUGGAGACUCACCUCAUGCUACCACUGGAGCAAUGGCCAUACAUGUAGCUGCAGCUAAAGGAUACAUUAAAGUUUUAGAGCUUCUUAUCCAAGCAGGUGCUGAUGUUAAUUGUCAUGAUUAUGAUGGCUGGACACCAUUACAUGCUGCUGCUUAUUGGGGUCAAAAAGAGGCUUGUGAAAUACUAGUUGAACAUUUCUGUGAUAUAAAAAAGAAAAAUUUUGUGGGUCAAACAGCAUAUGAUGUAUCCGAUGAAGAAAUGAAAGAUUUAUUAGAUGAAUUAAAAAAAAAACAAGCGUCUCAAAACAAAGACGUAUCAGAUAAAAAUUAUCUUGUUAAUAAUAAAUUACCCAAUGCUCAAAAGAGAAGAUCUUCAAUCAGCAGGCUAUCUGGAAAUGAUAAAUCAACAUUGAAAAAAGAUAAAGAGAUAGUUUUAGAUAGUAAUCGAAUUAUUAAAGAAGAGGAAGAUGAAAUUAAAAUUAAAGAUGAUUUACCAAAAGAUAAAAGAGUGGAAAUUGAAUUAACUCCUAUUGAACAACCUAAACCCGAUGCCAACAUAAUUGGUAUAAAAGAUAUCAAGCAGCCUACUCCAUUAGACAAUAAUGAACUAAAACCUCCAGAAGUUGUUUUACGUAGAACUCAAAGUUUUGAAUCUGAUGAAAAAUUCUAUCGACGUUAUUGUGAGUUACGUGCUAAAAUUAAAGGUAAUUUAUGGGGAGUUAUACAUGCGUCUCCUUCUUCAGCAAGUGCUUCGCCACCAAUGAGAACAGCUUCUUUGAAAGAAAAGCCUCAAUCAAGGCGAAAUAAAAGUAAUUUCAGAGAUGAGCAAACUAACUCACAAACUGUUGUUCAAAGCAACUCAAAUACAAGUGAUACGUCUCACUCCACAAAUCCUCAACAGAAUAUUCGCAGUGGUGUCAAAGCAUUUAUCAGUGGCCUCCAAAUGCAACAGAAACAAUCAGAAACUACUCAUAAGAUAGUCCCUGGGAACAUCUUUAAAAACUUUUUCAAGUCAUUUGUUCCUCCAGUUAGAGAUGAUGAAUCAGAAACUCAGCGCAAAGCACAUGCUAAGCGCGUAAGAGAAACUAGAAGAUCUACUCAAGGUGUUACAUUAGAAGAACUAAAAUCUGCCGAACAAAUAUUUAAACAAAAAAAUCAAGAUACUGGGAAAAGCAAAUUUAACAAUUCAACCCAACUGGAAACAAAUAAUAACUCAACAAACAAUAUUGGACCACCACAAGCUAAAACAGAAGAGCAUGUAACUGUAACAGCUACAAUUACUCCAUUGUCCAGAAAUAUUCCAUCUAAUAUGCCAGAUAACAGUGUGGAGCGAAGGCCUUCUUGGAGACUAAGGGUCGAAAAUGGCAGCAAGUUUUUACUUGAGGAUGCGAGGUCUAAUGAUGCAACCCCCAAAACACCAACUAAAUCCCCUCACAUUCCUUCAUCUCUCGAUACAAGUGCAGACACGACAGUGACAUUGCCACUCAGACGUCCUUUAUCCAAACAACAAGAAGACGAAAAAGAACAAGAUAAAGAAAAUGAUUGUCGUAAUCACCAAACCACCCAAGCAGUAAUUCAAAGAAGAAAAAGGCCUAAACGAAGAUCUACAGGAGUUGUUCAUGUUGAUUUGGAUGAAAUUGAUCCUGAUAGGCAAGAUACAUCGUCAUGUGGUGGCACUGAUGAAAGCAUUGGCGAAAGCGGUGGAGAUACUAAAUCAAGUCCAACGUCAAGACUAAGUUCAGUGUCAUCUCAGAACAGUAAAUUAAGUAGCGCACCAACAUCUCCUGUACCAUGUUUGGAAAAUGGAGAACUAGAUUACAAAGUGUUAUACGAAGAAGCAGUUUUAGACAACGAAAGGUUACGAAGACAGUUACAAAAGACUGAAGAAGAAUUAUUAGAAUCUAAAAUAACUAUAGAAAAACAGUCAUCCAAUAUCGGCAAGAGCACACUAUCUGAAACUGAAAAACGGGAAAGGCGAGCUAUGGAAAGAAAACUAUCGGAAAUGGAAGAAGAACUUAAGCAAUUGCAAAAGUUGAAAGCGGAAAAUGAACGACUCCGAACUGAGAACAGAGCUCUUACCAGAGUAGUUUCUAAACUCACUCAUACCUGAUUCUGUGAAUUCUUCAUCUUUUUAUCAAAUGGAACAAUUACGACAAGAAAGUCAGAGGCUAAAAGACGAGAAUGGUGCAUUGAUCCGAGUUAUAAGUAAACUUUCGAAAUAGUGAUAACUUUUAGGCUAUUUUAAUUAAAUUAAAACAAUUACCUACAAAAAAUAACUGCUUUUAUUCAUAUAGUAUUCAGUAUUAAUUCUUUUUGACUAGUAAAUAUUUUUUAUAUCAUAAACGUAUGUAUGUAAUAUUGUAAUUUAAUUUGUAUUGUUUUUUUAUUCAUCCAACAAAUGUGCAUCAUAUUUUCUAUUUGACCAUUAUUUAUUUAAAUCAAUGAUAAAAAAUAGUGAUUUUCAUACAAUUAACCCAAAUUUAUAUUAUACUAGAUUAUUAUUACUU